AUUUUCCUUUGAAGUAGUCAAGUACUAGUAAGUUUUACUUAUUUUACAUAUGUUUGCAUCGGAAGACUUAUCCUUUUGACCAUGGUAGUCCGCCUCUUUGACCGACGACGCCUCCACUCGACCCUCGAGAAUUAUCAGCACUGCCGUAGUUUUGCGAGCAAGUACAGCGGCAGGGUGGUUGCGGAAGCUGACAAUGGCCGCUCAUUCGCCAUCGAAGUCGACUCCCCGACCUUCCAAAUGGACGCUCGCGGCUAUGUUCUUCCCCGCCGAGACAUCAUUUGCAAGGUCUCUCAGAUUCUCCAGGCGCCUUCUUCUCCCUCGUCGGACCGCUUCCUUGACCUCUCAGAAUAUCUCGAUACCUUGUCUCUAGCUUUAACUCCCUCGGAAGCCUCAGAAGUUUUCAAGUCUCUCAAAUCUCCAGCCCUAGCUCUCAAGUUCUUCCAAUUUUGCCCCGCGAAAAUCCCUAGUUUCCGGCACGACGCCUUCACUUACAACCGCAUCAUUCUCAUCAUGUCCAAAUCAUCCCUCCCAACCCGCCUCGAUCACAUCCGAGAAAUUGUGAGUGAAAUGGAGCGGUCUCGUACACGCGGUAACAUUUCCACCGUCAAUCUUCUUGUAGGAGUUGUUGGGAGCUGCGAAGGGGAAGAUGGUGGCGAGCUGAACCGGUGGUUAGAUUUGGUCAAAAAAUGGGAGUUGAGGUUUACUUGCUAUACGUACAAGUGUCUUCUUCAAGCGUACCUGAGAUUGAGUGACUCGAAUAAGGCUUUUGGUGUUUAUCGAGAAAUAAGAACACACGGAUACAAAUUGGACAUUUUCUCAUACAAUAAACUUAUUGAUGCUCUUGCCAAGGAUGAAAAGGUAGAACAGGCAAACAUGGUCUACAAGGACAUGCAAAAGAGGCACUGCAAGCCUGAUGUGUACACCUACACAAUUCUGAUUAGAAUGAAUGGGAAAACUGGGAAACCCAAUGAAUCCCUAGUUUUAUUCCAAGAAAUGCUUUCGAAUGGCUGCUCUCCUAAUCUUAUUGCUUAUAACACAAUGAUUCAAUCACUCUCUAAGAGUCGCAUGGUUGAGAAGACCCUUUUUCUUUUCUCAAAGAUGAUUGAAAACAAUUGCAGACCAAACGAGCUUACAUACAGUUUCAUUUUACAUGCUCUAGCAGCAGAAGGCCAGCUCCAUAGACUUAAUGAAGUUGUGGAAGUCUCCAAGAGAUUUAUGAAUAAAUCAACAUACGCAUACCUUGUCAGGACACUAAAUAAAUUGGGCCAUUCCAGUGAAGCCCACAGACUUUUCUGCUCCAUGUGGAAUUUCCAUGAUAAGGGAGAUAGAGAUGCUUACCUGUCAAUGCUUGAGAGUUUAUGCACUUCUGGGAAGUUUAUUGAAGCUAUCGACCUGCUUUCUAAAAUGCAUGAAAAAGGUAUAGGCACUGACACCUUCAUGUACAAUGUAAUUUUCUCUGCUCUUGGAAAGUUAAAACAAAUUCCACAUAUUCAUGACCUUUAUGAAAAGAUGAAGCAGAGUGGGGUCCCACCAGACUUGUUUACUUAUAACAUUCUGAUAUCUAGCUUUGGUAGAGCAGGAAGAGUUGCAGAAGCUGUUGAAAUAUUCGAAGAGCUUGAAAGCAGUAACUGGAAACCUGACAUUGUCUCUUACAACUCCUUGAUAAACUGUCUUGGGAAAAAUGGUGAUGUGGAUGAAGCACAUAUGAGGUUCAUAGAGAUGCAAGAAAAGGGUAUGAAUCCAGAUGUGGUGACAUAUAGCACACUCAUUGAAUGUUUUGGAAAGACUGAGAAAGUUGAGAUGGCCUGUCAGAUGUUCGAUGCAAUGCUGGGUGAAGGAUGUUUUCCAAACAUAAUCACUUAUAAUAUCUUGCUUGACUGUCUUGAGAGAUGUGGGAGAACUGUUGAGGCGAUCGAUUUGUUUGCUAAACUUAAAGAACAGGGUUUGGUGCCUGAUUCAAUUACUUAUUCAAUUCUAGAUCGGUUGCGGAGUGGCGGGAAACAGACGGGUAGGGUUCGUAGGCAGAAUCCAGUAACGGGUUGGGUUGUUAGUCCAUUGAGGUGAUGAAAAUUGUUUUUUCAUUGGAGGGAUUUUUCCUUCACUGUGACAUUUUCAUCAGUGAUUCAUGUGGACUGUCCUUGGGGUCGCAUGUAACGGUGGUGGGCACACCAAGGUGGACUCAUUCCAAAAAGGAUUCUAGAAAUGCGGCUGGGGAGGAGACAGGGAUGGUUUCACAGUUCAUAAUGGAGUUACAAGGGUUGAAGACGGUGGAUGGGGAGGACCCACCAAGGAUACUUCAUCUUAACCCGCGUUUGAAAGGGGAUUGGAGUGGAAGGCCAGUGAUUGAGCAGAACACGUGUUACUGGAUGCAAUGGGGAGCUGCAAUGAGGUGUGAUGGAUUAAUAUCCAAGGCUGAUGAAGAGACUGGUGAGUGUUUUUUCGUCAUUUUUUUUUGUAAGAUAUAGUGACUAAUUUUGGUCUGAAACCUGCUUUUUCUUCUUCUUCUUUUUGUACUUCAGUUUUAAUGUUGAAUAUUUUAUUUUCUGGAUUUCAUUCUAAGCAUGUGUUAAUAUUGGUAAAGUUUCAUUUCAUUUGAAUAUAGAAAGAAUUCAUGGUUAAAUUACUCUGAAGUGUUUGUAGCAAUUUGAUGAAUAUAGUGAUUACAGUCUUUUUAGGUGUCAUACCUUGAAAUAUAACAAUAAAUCUCUUUCAACAUCAACAUCAACAUGAUCUGCCUAAUGAGUCUAAGCAUCAAUUGACCAGUUCACUAAAUGAGUUAACUAUUACUCCGUAUAAAUUAAUACUUCUCCUGAACAAUUUAGGUGGAAAAUUUUAUUUUCUUUUGAAGCAAUCUAUAUAAAAGGAAUAGUGUAGUGCCAUUUUGAGCGGGAAUUGUGAGAGCUCAUUGCCUUCGCCGACUAAAACAAUUAAUGCCUAGAUCGAUUAAAACAAUAGCUUUUCAGUUUUUAAGGCAAAGGAUGUCAUCCCACUGUUGCUCCAGCAGUAGUAAUUAAAUACUCCAUCAUAGUAGAGCAAAGCUGUUCAUCUUCCCAUGCUUCGGCUUCUCAAGAAUCAUUAAAUUAGCUCCAGAUGCAUGGCCUAUAUAAUCAUCAAAGCUUGCAAAAGCGGUAGAUCCAUGGUGGCAUGGUACUUAAUUUAUCACGCAUGUUUGAGUCACUGAUUUGUGAGGGCGGCGGAAGGUUUUGAUCAUAGAUGUGAUAGGUAGGGUGGCGGAGUGCUAAGGUCACAAAUAUGCAAGGGAGCAUGGAGGACGGUUUCAGUCACAUAUGGCCGGGUUUGUCAGGGUGGCGGAGGGUGUCGGUUACCACUGGGAUUUGGGAGACAGUUGACGCCUUUAGUGGUCAUAUAUGGGUUCAGAACGUUAACGGCCAACAGACGUUUUGGUCAUGGAUGUCGUUAGGAGAGCUGAGCGAGAAAGAAUCACUUGACGUUAAUGAUGGAGCUUCUCGAGUUGGUGUCGUGAAAGAUGCCCCAUAUAAUAGAAACUCUAUGGAGCUGAGAGAAUUGAGAGGGAAUCGAUGUGGAAACUACAUAACAAGCCAAGGUGGAAUACAUGCCCAUUAAUGAAUUAAUCCAAAGUCAGCUGCAGGGGGACUUCUUCUCAAUCUAUGGUUUGGUGAUUCUUUUAAUGAGUUGUUAUGAUCGGUUUAUUUCAUUAUGAACCUUUUGGGGGAUAAGCUUGUGAACAGAUAGUUAGGAUUGUAUUUAGAAUUGUUAUAACAUGUUGAUGUGAGAUUCAAGGAUUUGUGUCUACAAAUCAAGCAAUGCCUGGUGGGGAAGAUGAGUCAAUUGGCAGUUUAUUUUUUUUAUAUGAAGUACUUUUUUUUCAAGUGUCAAACCUCUAAAUAUUAUUUUGGAACUACCAAGCUACCAUGCCAAAACUCUAUAUGCUGAUUAGACCAUAUGUGCAAAAAGACUUGCUAGCAUUCCCUCACAUUUCUCUCAUUAUGCCGAGGAAAGCCUACCACUAUGAAAAACACCUGUUUGACGAAACUACCCUAAACCCAUAUCACAAAUACAAUAAGUUGCUCACUCCCAUUUGAACCUAUGAAACUCAGAAUUUGCUGCUGAAAUAUGGUGAUACGUCACUUUGAGGCAGGUGCAGUUGACUGGAUUUGAACAGCAGGUUCCAUGGCCUUUUCACAAGGCAGCCUGCUCCUUCCUAACCACACAGCCUACUUGGUUCUGAAGAAGGAAACCAUACUCGGUAUUUAAAGUCAACUGCCCUUUAAUUUAAUAAAUCAAUGUAUUUGAAAAUUGUAAUAUUGUGUUUGUAUUUAGAAAUCUUUUAAGUGGUUACCUUGAUGGUCGCAAGGGUGACUACAUGAUCUUGCCAAUGGCUCAUCGGUCUAUGGAAAGUUAACUCGAUGGAUCUUCCUGAUGAGAGUCGUCAUGGAUGUGCCGAGUGCUGGUGAAAAGAUGCAAGUACUUGGUAGAGAGGUGAUGUGCGGUGAUAUGUGUUAAUAUUUGCAUGCUCCAAGAAUGGACAUAAAUGUAUGGGUGCCACGGGUUUGUUAUGGAGCCAAAGUUUAGUGACUACAACUUUUAGUUCAAGUUUGGGAUCUUGCCUCCUGAAGUAGAGGAUGAUGAAGAGUUGAAACAGACUUAUCUGGAGCCAGCCCGGCUCUAGGAUAACACAAUUACAUCAUUUACACAUAUGUUAAGCCACAUAUAUCACAUAUUGGUGUAACUGUGUAAGCAUAUUAAUAUGCAUAUGAAUUUAAUUAAACAUCCACUAUAAAUAGAAAUGGUAUGGUUUUAUUUA